ACCAAAAAACAACUAUUGUUUCAAGCACGCGUCUAUUUUUUUUGUUAGUUUGUUUACUGUAAUUAAAAUUUAAAAUUGCCCAAUAAACUGGUCAAGCGAGUCUAAAGUUGAGUAUCAAAACGAGGCGAAUCACUGGCCAAGAGAAACUUAAAGUCGGAUAAUGUAGCAAUUCCGAAUGGGAUAACAGAAAAUAACACAAAAAGUGUCUGAUAGAAUGGCACAAAAUAUGGAAGUCCUUGACAAGACGAAUUUUAGUGCGAGAAAUAAGGACGAAGAACAAAUAUUACCCGAGCAAUGGGAGAGCGCAAAAAAUUCAGAUAGUAAUGUGGACCCCUGCGUGGUAAAAACAGAUUAUCCAAUUAUGGAUAUAAUUGAUAUUGGUCCCGUAAAAGUGGAGCUGCAAGAGGACGGUGAAACAUCGGAGACAAUGCACAGCGAAGAAUCCUCUUUGAACAAAGAUUUCUCGAUAUGUGAACCAAAUCUACCUGAGGAGUGUGCCGAACAAAAGUUUUUAGAGGAAUUUCUUAAGGCAUAUCGCUCCUCGCCUGGCAUGUGGGAUAUUAAUUCAGACGAUUACCGUGAUCCCAAGAGAAAAAGAAAACAAUGUGCAUGCCUGCUGGCCAAAUAUCAGGAAUAUUAUCCUGAUGCGGACAAGCAGCAAAUGCAAAAGAAAAUCCGUUCGAUUAGGUCCCGCUACUAUCGCGUGCAGAGAAAGAUUGAGAAUUUGAACAAUAAACAAUUAGGGUCGGGUAAAAAGUACGAGUCGAAUAAGUGGUUCUUUGAUGUAAUGAGCAGCAUGUGCGGAAAUAAGGAAUCUCUGGACCCAAUUAAUAAGGUUAUUCCCUCAACUAGCGGGAAGGCAUCAUUUGCUGUAAAAGGAAGGCUAAGGUCAAAGCGGCUAUGGGAUGCUUUAAAAAGGGACCCCAUAAAGUAUGCGCUUUACCGUGAAAAAGCUCAAGAGAGAGCACGAAAAUAUCGUGAGAGGAUAUUGUCUAACAAUAAAGAACAAAUCUUGGAAACAAAUCGUAUAAAGCAAAAAAGAUAUCGAGACAGAAAGAAAAAUGAAACCCAAAUAGAAGAGAGCUGGGAGCCCUAUGCAUGCAAACAGGCAUUAGGAAAAGCAGUGGCAAAAGUAGAAAGAGCAUUGCCAAAGGACUUGGAUAAUAGAAUAGAAGUGAUCAACGCUUUGUAUGAGAAAUAUGGGAAUUCUACAACAUAAAAUAAUAUUAAUGAAAAUUAUAUAAGUAAAUGUACAUUUUAUAAAAACCUACAAGUAUUAUAAAAA